AUUUGGAAGAAGUCGUCCGGCACGAGCAGCAGAAGAUUCACUUGUUACUCUACUGCUCUUGUACAGUCUAUCAUUUGCUGUAUUACAUUUUCUUGUCUGAAGUAACAUUUGUGUCGAGUUAACAUGAGGAAUCUCCGCUUAUAUCUUUCUAUUAUUCUACUAACGUGGAAAAUCGUAAGAUGCGAAGAGAAAGAAACCCAAGACCCGGCGUCAACGAAUAGGCACAUUGAAACUAAAAAACACAAAAAUUUUGUGGAUCCAUAUUCGUUCGAUUACGAUAGAGCGAACAAAAAGAUGGCUAGCGGGCGUGUCGUCCAGUUUCCACGAAUUGAAGAAAAUUUUAUUAGCGACGAUCAAUGUCAGCGAGAAUUGAAACGAUGCAAAGAUACGCUUGAAAAUAUCGAACCGGAUGGACUCUUUGCCAAGCGAAUUAUUAAUUUGUUGCUUUCAAAUGCUAAAUUUAAGGAGGAUGGGGAGCUGCUGAGCGGCUCCAUAUUUCUAUCUGGAACCAAAGAACAAAUUCAAAAAAUCCAAGAAUAUGGCAAUGGGAAAAUCACAAUGCGCGAAGUCGAUGCCAUUUUUACUGACAUUAUUAAAUCAACUAGUAAUAUAUUCACUGAGGCGAUUUCAAUAAUUGACCAGUUACUUUUCACCUAUCGUCAACAUGCAAUGAUUCUUACAACGGUGUUUGUGUCUCUGGCAAUUCUCCUAUGCAUCAAACUUACAAACUGGAGUACUGGGAAAGUUAUUAUAACUUUUUUUGCUAUUGGCUUCCUGAUAAGUUAUAUUAUGAUGUGGUCACAGCUUUUAAAGGAAGCUGAAAUUAAACACUUUGCAGCAGGACAAAAACACAAAGAACCACCCAUCCAAUGCGAGCCAGAAAAAAUGGGUAUUUGGCACAGAAUGACGGCUUACUUUGAUGAAACGGAUCAAUGCUUUGAGUAUUAUAAAUCAAUCCAGUUCGAUCCGUAUCACGAAGCAACUCCGGUGGAUGUACUUGUUGAGUUCUCAGAUCGACUGAUCUUACAAUCAAUUGCGCGAUUUGGAUCUGGAAUCAGUCUUUUCAUUGACAAUUCCACCAAGCACUUGGGCUUUCCAUUGAAGUGGACCGUUACAAUUCUCUUUUAUGCUGCUAUUGUUGUAGCUAUCAACUUGCUGGUUUUUUCUGUAUUCGGUGGUGCUUUUCGUGUCUGGUUUGGUCCAUUCGGGAUGUCUUUAGGAAAAUCUAUAACAAAUCAGAGUCACACUCAACAAAAACACAUGAUAGAGCAGCGGGAACCUGUAAAAAUUAUCACACAGAUCCACCUUGACACUGGGUCACAAAAACCAGCCUUGGUCACAUCUAGUCACGCUGUAGGCAGUAAUGAACAAGCAAUAGUUGAGGCUGGAGCCCGAAACGAGGAAAAAACGGAGAAACAAUCAAGUUUUGGUACUAUUUGCAAAGCAUCAUGUUGUAAAAACACAUCCAGCUUGAAUGGCUCACAUGUGACAAAGAGUGAAGAUCUCGUAAAUGAAUCGACGAAAAGUGAAAUUCGAAGAGACGAGAAGGGAGACGGUGACUGUUGAACUAUACUAAUUGCUUCUCAAGGUAUUUAACUUGUAUUAAUAGUACUACCGAAGUAAUCAAUAGUUGAUUUUUUAACGAGAAUUUAGGUAUUAUUAUUACUAUUAUUAUUACUAUUAUUAUUGCCUGUAGCAAGGGAGCUUGUUGUACCUUGGGUCCAUUAUCAGUUACGAUUUAUUUAGAAAUCGUGCUGUUUGGAUGAUAUUGCUAACGGAAUUGAAUGUUUUUCUCUCAGGCUUCAGAUAUGUGAUAACUUCUGAGCAUUGAUUAAAUAUGACGAUUUCUACGUUUUUUUUGGGUCUUUUAAAAUAAAAAAAGAGAUUUGGACCCGAGGUACAUCCAAGUAAAGUCGAUUCUGACCCGCUAAUUUUAAGAGGUUAGAAAUAAAGUUGGCAGCAUAACAUCCAAGUUACAUCUAAUAAAUAACACAAGCUGUAUCUGCUUAAUACGCCACUGCAAUUGGUCAGAGGCUACCGAAGAGAACCUUAUUUCUGAGCCACUUAAACUAAGGGGGAGGGGGGCCAGAACCGACGUUACCCAGGUAUACAACAAAUGCAACACAUGUACUCAUAUGUUGUAUUUUAAUUACCGUAAUGAGGUACCCGUUCAGACAAUUAACCAACAAUAUUACUUGACUUCUUAAUUUUUCUUAUGUAUUACAACAUUGAGAGCAAGUUGUGUGAGAAAAAAACUAAACUUGUUUUUUAAUCAUGAGAUUAUGUUUUAGUACGUACCAUGUAAUAUCUGGUAAUCGUAUCAAAAGACAUAUUGUUGGUAAAUUACGAACAAGUUGUAUUGAUAAUCAUAAGCGUAUGAUAGGUAUAUACUAACAUAAUAUUAUCCUAAAGUACCUAUUUAAAAUAAAAUUUUGGAAAUUGUGCUGUAGGGUAAACGUAUUAGUGGACGAGAUAUUUUACCACAGAAAUAAAUUAGCCGCACACUUUUUAGAAAAUUAAUUGCGACACAAGGUGCGUGAUUACGACAAUUACUUACAAAAGGGGAUGAAUUACAAUCGAAAAUUUUUAGGUAAUAUGGGAAGUUUUAUGGUUACGCAAGUGUACGCUAAUUUCUAACUAAAGGUAAAAAAAAAAAAAAAAAGUAACCGACCACACAAUUGUUAGAGUGUAUAUGCUCGAAUUGAGCUUACAUCCUAAUCAUUAGCACAUCCACCCUAUAAUCGCCUUUAAGUACAAAGACCAUAACAAACAUACUAAAAACAAGUUUGUCAUGAGUAGACCUGACAUCACGUCUCUAAUAACCUCAAUACUUCCCCAAUCGGACAAAAAUUAGUAAUCAGAAAUAAUGGACACAUUGUACCUGGAACAUGUCAAGGUACAACACCAUGUCACAAUACAUCAAAACAAUUCACAGAUUUUUUAGAUUAGAAAUACAAUAUUGCGAUUUAAUAUAUGUUAGAUACGAAUAAAGGCGAAUUCAAUUGGAAAACAACAUCAAGCCAUUUUAAAUAUGGUGAGACUGAUAUAUGCAAAUAUAUCAACGUGAGAAAACUUACUUCCGCUGACGACAAUUUUCGGAGGCUUCACAGCCUACACAGUAAAUCCCUCAUUACUCCGAAAGUACCUCAUUUAAUUUUUUCUGCCUGUUAGCACUCUAAAACUGAAGGUUUUCCCUAAAUGUAUCUUAAAGCAGUCAAUUCACCCUAAGACCCCUGUAUUUUUGCCAGUCAGUUAAUUUCUUUUUAUAAACUAAAGUGGACUAAAAAUAUCAAUUUGAUACUGGAGAAUAAUCUUUAUACUUCUAAUUUAACAUCGGAACAAACAAAAAACAUGAAAAAUACAUUGAAUCUCAAAACUCUUAUAUUUCACAAAAACCAUAAUUGUUACCGUUUAAUUGAGUAUUGUUAUCUACGAAAUAAGUGCGUUUAUCCAAAAUUAUUUUGUUCUUACUUCAGUUAGCAAUAUAAAUAUUGUUCUUAAGUAUUAAAUUAAUUUUUUCGAUCCAUUUUAGUUUAUGAAAAGAAUAAUGAUAAAAAAACUUCAAACAUUCGCCCCGCCCACACGUGCUAUUAUUAUCCGAAAAUUUUUCUACUUACAGUAGUUUUUUUUAUUCUAUGAACAUAUUUUGCGGGUGCAAUCGAAAAAAUUCCAAAACGACCAAAAUAACUGACACCCUAGUGUAUAUCUAAUUCUGCUCUGUUUAGUCACUACCGUGAACAAAUAUUGGAACCCUAAUACCCCUCUCAUUUCACAAAGUCUUCCUCUAUUUCCUCUAAAAUUACCUGGCUUGAGCACUGUGAAGUCUUCCUUUAUACAAUCACACGCGUGUGAUUUGACGUUUGAAACUUACAUAUCGUCGUUAUUAAGCGGAACAUGUAUUAAUUUUGAGUAUAGAAGCAUAUAUCUGAAGUACAAAAGGAAACAGGUUUUACUCUAUAAAAUGUUAAAUUGGGCACAAGAAUCUCAAAUAUUCAUAUGGCAAACUGUGUAUAUUGGUAGGUAAUGUUAAUUGUACUGCGUACAUAUUUAUUUAAAUUUAGAUAUCAUUGUGGUGAUUUUAUUUUAGAACACAUACCUAUAUUGCAAUAUUUUUCUAUAAAGCUAAAAUUUUCACAUGUAACUUUAUAGUUGAUGCAUUCUUUCCAUGUUUCUCGCAGAUAUAUAAAAUUUUUUGUCUAAUUCAGAUUUGUCACUGAAAAUUUUUUAGUAAUGCUUGAUGUACAAGUAAAUAUUUUUCUCUUUUUAUCGCUAACAGGACAAUGGCAAAUCCAUUUGUUUCUUGCUUUAAGUGAUUAUUAACCCAUAAAUAUUGAUUUAUUAUUGAUGUUAUUCUAAACUUAAACUUAGAGCUUCCGAGGAUGCGGAGGUGAUUAUCGUACCGUAUCAAUUUUUUUAUUUAGUUAACAUACAACCUAAAUUGCUAUGGAUUCAUUGAAAAGUUAGAUAAAAAUUACGGGAACUUGAAAUUCAAUAUUUCGUGAGUCUACAAUUAUGCAACAAAAAUAAUCCGUACAAAAUUCACAAAC